CAACAAACCGAACAUUUUGCCUUCGACGAACAUAGAAGGCAGAAGUACAUCUCAAGUAAAAAACGAGUCUUUUAUUUCGUAUUAGCUAAGUAAAUCCUUAAUUUUGCUCCCAUAAUGUAAUUUAUUUGCAAAAAUGGCUACUCGUCGUCCAAAUACAGAGUUUGAGAGCGACUGGGCCUUCAUCGAAGAAGAGACUGCAAGCUCGAUAGAGACAAAGAGAGACUGUGUUGUGUAUCGCAAGCCUACAUACUCUGAGAUUUUGUGUGGGAUCCAGCCAAAUGAACUUGAAGAGGGCGAGGAGAGUGAACCAGAAUUUGAGAUUCUGACAGGCUUCAAGUUUUGUCAAGAGCCAUCAAAACCACCACUUGCUGAACAGGAUCACCAGCCAGUAGUGAAUGAUUUGUUAUCUGAAUAUGGCCAUGCUGCUGCUUCAUGUGAUGACAUUGAUGAUGGCAUCAUGAUCAUUUCAAAGCAUUGUGAUGAUCCAGACAUCAUUCCUGAAACUUCUCCACUGAUGUCAAGUUCCAGAUGCCUUCUAGAUGACAGCUUUGUGUCUCUGUCUGGCUGGAAUGAGUUAGUUUGCAAUAAUGAUGCUGCUCCAAUUGAUGACUACGACUGGGAUAGUUUCUCAGAUCAAGGCUUGACUGACAACGAUGAGUCUGGUCUCAGUGCUCUUCCUUUCUACUCAGAAGAAUUAUUUCCUUAUCCAAGUGUCGAAUCCCUCGCACUGUCAGUUGACCUAGCUGGCUGGAAUGAGCUUACAACAUUGCAUGACCAUCACCUUACUGCCCCUAGCACCGUAGACAACCCUGGAAAAGAGAUUUAUGACGAUCAUGAGUCGUUACCUUCCAGCAUUGAAGCAUUUGGAUGGGAUGAGCUUCCUUUCUAUAACUCUAACUUGUCUGAUGAUGGAGAGAUCCUCUAUGAAGGUCAGGCUGUCCCUCCCAAUCCUGGUGUUGUAGACGAAAUCUUCCAGAUGCCAUUUAUUGUGAACGGACAAGCAGAGUACCUAUCAAUGACAGCAAGCGGGUCCUUCCGUACCAUCCCUUGCUCUGACGAGUCAUCAACUGAAGGAAGCUUAAUUGAGUUGAUUUGCCCAGAUGAUAACACUGAUGAGAGCUAUGACAUACUUGACUCACAAAUUGUGGACUAUGAUGAUGAUGAUGAUGCAAUGAGUGGGUGGAAGGAACUGCCAUUUAUAAAUUCAAGUUUCUAUGUCAGUGAAGAUGAUUCCUUCUCUAGCCACGACAUUGAAUGCAUUGAAACUCCUACAGAAAUUAGCAACAGCCCUCUAAAUCUUCCCAAUAGCCUCAGCUCUGUUUCAAGCUCCUUGUUUUCCAAAGCAUCCUCCUUUUGCUCAGAUUCUGAUGACUCUGAUGAAGAAGACAGCUAUGAUGAUGAUGAUGACCCCUAUAGCUCUGACGAAAGUGACUCAGAUGAGUCUGUACUCUUCCCACGAUGGCUGGAAGAGGGUAGGCCAUCAGAUGACAGCCCUUCAGGUGAUGACUUGAUGUCACAUCUCUAUGUCGACAUCCCAACCUUUGUCAUCCUGCUGUGCUUGACUACUGCUAUGGGAUUUAGCAUUGGCCAUGGCGUGAGUGUCUACCUUAGUAACCAGGCCGUGAGCAAAACGACAAAGCUCAGUAAGCCCAACACCGUGACCUACUCGUCCCCCGACUCCGUGAAGCUGAAUGGUUUGACUGCUGAACAGCAAGCUCGCCUAGAUCUGUGGGCUCUUGAAGAGAAACUCUACCAGGAACGUGACGAUGCAGGCAAGGAUCAUUUUGACAUCCAGUCGCUUCAUUCCAAACUACAGGAGAAGCACUUCAAGCUUCUUCAACAACACAGGACCGUGCAGCAGAGACUACAACUAAGUAAAUCAAUGUCUUGGUAUUGGCGACUAAAAUAUGACGAAGAAAAAAGGCACCAAGCCCAGUCCCACAAGUUUGGGACAAGCAGCAAAAACAUUCGCUCAUUCCGUGAUAUUUAUAGUGGGGAUCUUUCUAGAACCGAUGAUGUAACACAGAGACGAGGUAAGCUGAACAAGGAUUAUGUGGACAGUUCUCAUAACGUGUUCAAGAAAUACCACUCCGUGUCGUCAUUGAUACCUCCUCGACGCGUAGGUUUGAAUAACUUCAGAGCACGCUGGAACCUUGGCAAUCCCAACCCUUAUUGUUCGUCAGAUGCUAAAGCCCCGGAUGUUAUCAGAAAAAGACAGCCAUGCCGUGAUAAUGAUAAGGACGUAGCUGACAAUUUGAUAGUUAACUCAAGGAAGCGUAAAAAAAACAUAAAGAAAACAAAUAAUAACAAAAAUACAAGAUCGUCUUCUUCGUCGCCUUGUCAUGCAGCACCUUUGAGGAGUUCAUUAAAACCUUGCUUCAAGGAACCGAAAUCUCUUAUCAGAACAGAAACUAGAUUAGCAAAACACAACAAUGAUUCACUGGUAAACAUAAAGCAGCAAAGCAAAGAUAAACACGCAGGGAUACGCAGGGAGUUGUUGAAGAAAAGAGAACUCCGAAGAAAACAACGAGAACUAAAAAUGCACGCCGAUGAAUUAAAACUGAUCAUCGCUGAGCUGCUCAAGGAAAGACGUUUAGCAGAAAAAGAAAAACACGAGUUGCGUAAAAGUUGGAGAACUUUGAAGAGGCAGCAGAAUCGUUUUGAAAGCGAAAAAUUGAGACUUGAAGAGGAUUUAAGCGUGAGAUCUCUUCAUGUUCUCGAAUAUUUGAGGAGGGAGAAGAAAAAGAUGAAGAAUUGGAGGCGAACACAAAAGAUCCAGAUGCGUGAUGACUUAUUCAAACUCCAAGAAAAAUUAAAAUCUGAGAAUGUGCAGGCUGCGAGACAGGGAUACCGAGAGAUUCUUGGAACGAAAAGAGAUCUCAAACUAGAAAAAAGACUGUUAAGGGAACAGAAGAAGGAUCUAAAGAAACUUAAGAAAUCGUUGAGGAAGGAGCGUCGAAAGUUUGCGAAGACUCAAGCGAGGAAAAACAAAGUAGUUGAAAAACUGAGCAAGAGGUUGAAUCGCGUAAAAAUCAAAAACAAAUUUCGAAAGAAAACGAAACAGAGUGCGAGAAAGUCACGAAAAAUCAGACUCAAAUGGAAAGAGGAACAGGAAAGGUUUUGGCAAGAUAUCGAGAACAAACUUGACGACUGGGUAGCAAAUAAAACUGAACUGAAGUCUGCGGCUGCUCAUAGCUUAAACAACCGAAGAAAGAGGAAAAUGAAGAGCGUUAAAAAAUGGAGGGAAGCGUUGAAAAGGGAAGUAAUAAUGGAAUGGAACGCGAUGAAACGAAAGUACGAAAACAAAAAAGUCAAGACUAAGCGACUGCGCAAAAAAGGCCCAUGGACUGGGGAAAUUCUUGACAAGAUUCUGGCAGAGCAACGAGUCUAUGACCAACAAAAGCGACUUCGAAAGAAGGGCGAAAAGGCCAAUCGUUGGGAUUCAUUUACCAGGCUGCAAAGGAAUGAAAAAAGAUCUGAUUUUAAGAAUUGGCGCAAGAAGAAACACUGGAAGAAGUAUUCUAGUGAUGUGGAUGCCUUGAUGAGAAAAAGGCGUCGCAAGCAAGACAAGAAGUAUCAGCGAGAGCUGGAGCGACUUAACCAGUGGGCGCUACAGAUGAACGAGAAGAAACUGGAACACGAAAGGUUGUACUCCGAGAAACAGAAACGCAACCCCAAAUGCCCAAGGCAUAAAAAUAAUGAUUCAAAAUCAAAGAGGAAAAGAACUGAAUUGAUCCGAAUUAAAAACGAAACAGUGAUAAUCGAGUUAAAGCCGCCACCGCCGAAACACAGAGACGAACUACACCCAGAUACGACUAAGAGGGGGAGGGCACGGGCUGAGAAAACACCAGUAUCCAUGUCUUCGAGUCCAGUCGGAGAACUAACUUCGCAUACAGACCAAAGUCAAGCACAGCGUCCGAAUCCGACUCCAACCGAUAUCAAGCCGAACGUUCACCAAGAGUUUCCGAUUCCACCCGAGCUCAAGCCGCCCCUGCCUCAAAGGUUUCCGACUCCAACCGAUAUCAAGCCGAACGUUCACCAAGAGUUUACGAUUCCACCCGAGCUCAAGCCGCCCCUGCCUCAAGAGUUUCCGACUCCAACCGAUAUCAAGCCGAACGUUCACCAAGAGUUUCCGAUUCCACCCGAGCUCAAGCCGGAUAUGCAUGUUGAUUUCCCGUUACUUCAGCUGAUCGGCGGAAAAGACUGGGUACUAGAACCUCGCCACAAGACUCCUGAUAUCAAAAGCUACGAGGAACCAGCUAAAAUGAGACCCCGCCCACUACCACCGCCUGAUUGGUUAGAAGCCGACGAGUACGAGAAGGUUAUGGAUUGGUACGUGCGUAGAGCUAUUGAGAGAAACGAGCUUCGUAAGAGUAAUCCACUGGCCACGUGGUUCCCUCCUCAUGACUUUAGUGUCAAGUCCGACAGCUCCUGGCUCUUUCAGCGUUCCCGUGAUCGCCAUGAGCAACGGUCUCACCCCGUAUUUCAACAUCACUCUCGAGGUCCGCGCAAGCGUCGCCGGGUAAUGAAACACAAAGAUGGCGCCUGGUUUUUCGAGCGAGCCCACGACCGCGCUGACCAGCGUGAACCGUGGUACAUGCGCCGUGCGGAAGGGAGGCAGAGUGAACGAGACUCUAAGUUAGAGAACUGGUGGCUAGAACGUGGUUACAAUAGGGAUGAUCUUCGUGGUUGCCAUGGGAACGAUGACGACAGUGAUGAAGACAGCUGGUUUCCAUGGCGAGCGCGACUGAGGCGAAGAUUCUGGUAUCCGUGCUUCUAGGUGAAUAGAGAUGGUACCUUAGAACUCUCCCCGUGUGGAGUGAGUGAGUAGCUAUCCUUUGGUGUGCGUGCGUAAGUUUGGCUUUUUUUCUUUUUUUAUGGAAACCAAUCAGUCACCAGCUUGUGUCUUUUAGAUAUGAAAGCAUAGGAAAUCACAAGUUUAGUUAGUUACAAUCUAUUCUAUAGCUAAAUGACUACUUAGACUUAUGAUUAUUGAGAAAUUAUUUUUCUUCAUUUCAUUUAGUCAUUUUCUCUUGAAAAUUGUAACACAAGGUUUCUAUUGGUUUUGUUUUUUUAUUCUCCCAUGAAUUGCAAAGUUGUUGUAGGUGUCUAUUUAAAUUUUAAACAAAACAAAAAAAAUAACCUUUAAGACGACCGUUAAAAUUAAGUUUGGUUUUCUUAAGUUUGUUUAAGAGUUGAAGCUACCAAUCAGUUAAGUCAUUUGGUGCUCGGAUUUUGACUGUGAUGUAUGUUCGUGUUCACGAUAGACGAGAUUAGCGUACGUACGUAUGUAAGUUCGUCCGUUUUCCGGCGUCGAAAGCCUUUCUCAUAUGUACUUGUGAGUUGACUUACAUAUAUAUUGGCGUGAAGUCUACGUGAAUUUGCGUGCAUGUGAGUGUUUGUGCGUGCGUGUACAUGUGCGUGGUUAUGCGUGAGAAUGUGCGUGUACGUUCGAUUUGAGCUAGCGUGCGUGUGCAUGUGGGUAUACAUAAGCGUUUACGUUCGAUGUGAGUAUACGCGCGUAUACAGCAUGCGCGUGUUCGUGAGUGUACAUGUGAGUGUAGAGGAUUGUUUGUGCGUGAACUUGCGCACACUGUGUAAUGUAGAUGUGAUCCGUGUAGACUUCGAGCGACUGUUUGUGCAUGUGGUGUGUUCUCGUUCUGAUGAGAAAUCAAACGCGGGAGCGUUGUGUGUGUUUUUAUUUUUGAGUGUGUGUUUUUGUUUUGCUUAGGUGUUCGCACCUGGUGUGUCGAGCAUUUUAAACCAGUUCCAAACUUUCAUUCAUGUAAAAUAUACUUAUGUUUUUUAUGUUUUGAAAGAGAGUGACAACAGAAAGUAUAUGCUGUCGGAAGGCCUGUGAUUCUUUCCGGCAUCAUUUGUCGGAUGAUACCGUUUUUAUUUCUCCCCAUUCUUUAAUAUUAUUAUUUAUUUUUUUAGAUACGUUUGGGUUUUGGACAUCUUAGUAAGGAUUUUUCAAGUUUUGGGGUUUGCUUUUUAUCUAAAGGGUAAAUAUUCACGUAAAAAAACUAAUGUUAAACUAACAAAAACUAAUGGCAAAAUAAUCAACACUAACGCGGGAAACAUUAUCUUUUCGUGAAAUACUAAUACUUGUUGGAAUGAAAUGAAUGAUGUGGUCGAGGUUUUAGUGGCGUUUACUGGAUAAGGGUCGUAAACCGGAAACCACACGUUAGAGAAAUCAGUAAUGGGUUGUAUUUUAAUUUUUUUUAAUCUAGUCUCCCUUUCUUUUUUCAUGACCGUAAGAAGGUUCGGGGGGGGGGGGGGGGGGGGAGAGUCGCGAUUGGUCGUGUAAUUUAGAGGGGGAGGGCUAAAACCCUUUUACAUGCCAAAUUAAUAAUUUGUCUUGCUAAGGGGUACGCUACUGGUUUCACUUAUGGACUUAUUUUCUUUAAGUUUCCCCCUUUUUCUUUUUUUUUAACAAUUUUUCCAUCGCCACGAGAAUCACUUUCAAUCCUUCGUGUAAAGCUCUCUUUUGUUUUUUCUUGUUUUUUUUUUUCUUUUUUACAUUCUGGGUAUAAUUUUCUGUAGAUGGUACGGAUUUAUUAAUUUUUUAGCACCUGCAACAAGUCUUAAAAAAUUCCUAAAACACAUGGAGAAAUGAUUGUCAGAUUUUAUUAUUUGGCCGUAAGAAAGCUAGAUCUUUUUCAGCUGCACGGCAUAACGAAAAAGCGGAUCCAAUCAAAAAGGGUGCGUUCUUAUCAAGUCUCCCGGAUGUCAGACACUUUCAGGAGAUGUUUUUAAUGACGAUGGUUAAAAAGCAUUUCGUUACGCGGUCUUCCAUUAUGCGAGUGACAGUUAUAGCGAGACACGAGUUAUGCUACUCUUAUUUGUUUGAUUAUAAUCGAGCAGUUGGGUAGCUAACUUAAAUAUACAGAGUAAGAAGAAAAACUACCUAAAUAUUCACGCAACCAAAAGUGCACGAAAACGAAAUACCAAAAAAAUUACAAGUGUUUGAACAAACCAAAAAAAGCGCACCUUCUAAAAGGUUUUUGGAAAGGAUAGGGUUGUUUUCUGGGCUAUCGCGUUUCUUCAGUUAGGUAUCGUGUCGCUAGCUAUUUUAUUAAGAGAAUAAUUAAUAGGGGCAUUAUUAUAAGACACGGCAUAUAUUUCGUUGUAUUUCUGCGUGUGUGUGGCGUGUACUAUAUAGUCUUAAAUAUAGCAGUUUGUCGUCGGUAGUCCCAGCCCGCAAGAGUAUUGGAUCAUGGCGUACAAUGCUUAUUUCAAUAAAGUGGUGAAAACACGUUG